GUGAACACUAUCCUGGAAUUCAAGCGAGCUCUGUUAUACAAGUUUGCACAGUUUUAGCUAAGGCAACAUUUUCGGAAUCCAUACGAUUCUGUGGUCCUACACACUGAAAAACUUAAUUGAUAACCACUAGCCAGCUAGUUUAGCCUGUUACUUGAGAAAGUUAACGUUGUAUGAUUGCGCGAACAACCUGCUUUUGUAACUGAAGUUGCUGAUUCGUCGAUACGUUUUCUAUCAACGUUGGAUACUUAGAAACCUUGAGAUAGUCAUAUUAACGCUAUCGUCCACUGCGCUGUCGGCAACAAUGAGCUGCGCGAAGGAAGAAAGUCGAAGUGCGUCCCCUCACUGCCCGAAACCAGACGAAUCCGAGGAGCCGCUGGGCACAGCCAUGGAGACUGAAGCUGCAAACGAUGUCAGUGUGAAAUCUGAGAACAUGAAGUCUGAAGUGGUCAUCACGAAGGAAAUGGAGGAGGAAGAGAAGCAGCUGAUGGAGGAAGGGGAGAGGAAAGAAAAGGAGAUGAUGGAAAAGGCCCGGGAGUCAUUGGAGAGGGAUUCUCAUGACAUGCGCUUCAAGAGACUGCAGCAUUUACUUCAGAAGAGCAACAUCUACUCUAAAUUCCUGCUGACUAAAAUGGAGCAACAACAGAAUGAGGAGAAACUCAGGAAGGAGAAAACUGACAAGAAGGCGAAGAAGAUGCAAAACAGAAAUGGUGCAGAGCCAAUGAAAGAUAAGAAGAAGAGGAGGAGGGAUGAAGACUACAAAAUAGCAGAUGUCAUGUCAAAAGAAGAAAUAAUGUCCCAAUCUAAGAAAGCAAAAGUGGAGGAAGAGGAGGAGGCACUGACCCAGAACAAACUCAAAGCCGAGGAUAUCGAGAAGAUGAGCGAUUCCAACCAAGACAUCAAGAACCGUCUGUCGGAGACUGUGCGAGACAACGCCAAGCAUCUCCUGCACCCUCACAGGAAGGUGAACGGCCAGCCCGUCCCUGCCCAGCAGCCAGAGCUCUUCACCGGAGGGGUCAUGAGGUGGUACCAGAUUGAAGGCAUCGAGUGGCUGAGGAUGCUGUGGGAGAAUGGCAUCAAUGGGAUCCUGGCUGAUGAGAUGGGACUGGGAAAGACCAUCCAGUGUAUCGCUCACAUCGCCAUGAUGAUAGAAAAGAAAGUAACUGGCCCCUUCCUGGUGGUCGCCCCUCUCUCCACUCUGCCCAACUGGAUCAACGAAUUCAAGCGCUUCACCCCAGAGCUGUCAGUGCUGCUUUACCACGGCCCCCAGCCAGAGAGGGCCAAGCUACUGAAGCAGAUCCGCAGGCCCCAGGGGCCCCUCAGCAUGUGUCCUGUGGUCGUCACCUCCUUUGAGAUCUCCAUGAUUGAUAGAAAGUUCCUACAGCGCUUCCAGUGGAAGUACCUGAUAGUGGACGAAGGCCACAGAAUCAAAAACCUCAACUGUCGGCUGGUGCGGGAGCUGAAGAUGCUGCCCACUGACAACAAGCUGCUGCUGACGGGCACGCCACUGCAGAACAACCUGGCUGAACUCUGGUCCCUCCUCAACUUCCUCCUGCCAGAGGUCUUUGAUGACCUCAAGAGCUUUGAGUCCUGGUUUGACAUCGACACCCUUGGUGAGGCUGAGAAUGUGGUGGCUACUGAGCGUGAGCAGAAUAUCCUGAGCAUGUUGCACCAGAUUUUGACUCCAUUCCUGCUGAGGAGGCUGAAGUCAGAUGUGACACUGGAGGUUCCUCCUAAGAAAGAGAUCAUUGUUUAUGCCCCUCUGACUGCCAAACAAGAGGCCUUUUACACUGCUGUGGUCAACAAAACCAUUGGCAAGAUGCUGGGCCAGGAAAAGACGGAGGCUCCUGUAGCGUUGACAUCGAGCGGCAGACCGAAGCGUCGCAGUCGAAAUUUGGUGAACUAUAAAGAAACAGAUGGGGACUCGCCGUAUGACCUGGAGAAAUAUCUGGAGAGGGUCCGGGAGGAGGUCGAGCAGAGCUCCCCUCCAGUGCUGGAGGUCCAGAGCCCGCUGGAUGCCCAGAUCAACCUGAAGCUGCAGAACAUUCUCAUGCUGCUAAAGAGAUGCUGUAACCACCCCUACCUGGUGGAGUACCCCCUCGACCCUGCCACACAGGAGUUCAAGAUUGAUGAACAGCUGGUGCAGAGCUCUGGGAAGCUUCUCAUACUGGACAGACUGCUGCCUGAACUGAAGAAAAGGGGACAUAAGGUUCUGAUCUUCAGUCAGAUGACUUCGAUCUUGGAUAUUUUGAUGGAUUACUGCUAUCUGCGGGGCUUCCAGUACAGCCGACUGGAUGGCAGCAUGUCCUACUCCGACAGAGAUGAAAAUAUGACCAAGUUUUCCAAAGAUCCAGAGGUGUUCCUGUUCCUGCUGAGCACCAGAGCAGGAGGGCUUGGGAUCAACCUCACAGCUGCUGACACUGUCAUCAUCUUUGACAGCGACUGGAACCCUCAGGCAGAUCUGCAGGCUCAGGAUCGCUGUCACCGCAUCGGGCAAACCAAACCAGUGGUGGUGUACCGCCUGGUCACAGCCAACACCGUCGACCAGAAGAUCCUGGAGAGAGCUUCAGCCAAGAGGAAGCUGGAGCAGAUGGUUAUCCAUAAGAAUAAGUUCAAAGGCGGGAAGGCAGAGUUGAACCAAAGUAAAAGCUGCAUUGAUCUGGAUGAGCUGAUGGAGCUGCUCAAAGCCAGAGGCACUGAGAAGGAAGUGAAAGCAUCAAGGGGGAAGGUGAUCAGCGACAAGGACCUGGAGAUUCUGCUGGAUCGCAGUGACUUAAAGGACAAAGAAAAGGGCGGCAUGAAGAAAGCGAAGGUGGGAGUCUUCAGAGUGAUUGAUGCCGAAGAGUCGUCAGAGAUCACGUUGACCUGAGAGCUCUGGAAAUAUUCAGAUAUGAACUUUUGACCACAGUCCUUCUGCUGCACCUUGAUGGCUCAAAUCUGCUGUCACUUGUAGUAAACUAUCCUGAAACUGCUGUUAGUAGACUUGAGUAGUGUAUUUUUUCUUUUUCUUUCUUAACUGCGUUCAUACUUCUGUUUAUUGAGCUGUUUUGUUGUUCUGUUUUUGUAUUGAACAUAGUCUAUGGUGUUCAGCCACUGUACCCGUUUUAAGAUUUGAUUGUCACUUGGGCUUUUGAAGUCUGUCAGAAUCAUUUUCAGUCAUUGAUCAUUUUCAUGCCAAAUGUUUUGACAGCUUUACGCAGAUCCUUCAGUUUACUCUCUCUGGUAGUAGCAUUAACAUCACUGGACACUUGAACCUUCCAGUGAAACCCACAACACAUACUUUUCGUGAAGAGAAGUCUUACACCUUCACUCAAAUUGUCCUCUAACAUGUACAUGGUCUAUGCAUCUGUUAAAGAGACAAAGCUAUAGUGACAUGAUCUAGUUGGGUGUGUCCUUGAUUUUUAUUUGGCCUUUCAAAACAGGUUAUCUUUAACAACGCUGUAAUUAAAGCACUUUCAUGCAGGUAAAGC